AUGAAUUAUUCUUAUGAAAAUUAUUCAAUACUAGUUAUUAUUGUAAUCCUGUUUACAUUGAAUUUAUAUUGUAGAGAGUGUUGGGCAAAAAUUAACAAAACUUUUUCGAAAAUCACUACAACAAUACAAAAAAAGGAUGAAAUGGGUGAACAACAACGAAUUGCUACCAGCAAGUUGGAAUUAAAUCCUGAAAAGCUGGACUUGCUCCUUUACAAUGUUGCUAUUUUUGCUUUGUUAAAGGCCCACUCAUUACUCUCUUUGCCGAAUCUCUUUUAUGCAGAGAAGAAACUGUACGAACAAUGUGAGGAGGAAGCCACAACAGCAGCACAAUUAGCGAGGUGUAUUGUACCAUUAUUAAAAGAAAAAGGAAAGAAAGGAAUUACAAAAGAAAUAAAUAAUAUUGAAAAUGAAGUUCGAAUUACUAGAAAAGUUUCAGCCAAAGAAGAACGAGGAUUAGUUGGGCAGAUUGGUUCAUGGCUACUUCAUGGAUUAGAAAGUAUUGGAAUUAAUGGAAAAACUAUGUUUAGUAAAGAUAAAACGAAUGUUAAAGCGGGGCGAUUCGAACAAAUAAUUCGGACGCUGAGGAUGCGCAAGGUUAUGAGAAGAUCUCGAUCUCCACUACAACAACUAAACUUUCAUCGUACAAAAUCGAGAAAUAACAAAAUAAAUCGUAAAGAGCCGAGAACUUUGACUUCCGUAAAUCCUAAUAGAAUGAGACGGAGACGGUCAGUUUUAUUUCCAUAA